AUGCUCAGAUAUGAAGGGUAGAGAGACUGGGGACCCCGCGUCCUCUUCCCGGGGAGGCGGAACCUGGCCUUUGAGGCCUCCUGCGGCGACCCACUGGGCGUGACUGGCUAGGGGUUGAGGGUUUCGGCGUGAUGAGGACCGGCGGGUCCGCUAGAAGACGAAGUAUCCCAGAGCGGGAAUCCCUCACAGUCCAGAUGGCGCUGUGUGCGGGACGGGGAUCCCAGGGUUGGGCUGAACCCACACAUCCACCAAAGCGGCCUCCUCGGGCCACCACCGGCCCUGAAGCGUCUGUAAGGGAUACUUAAGUGAGCAGUAACUGCCAUGUCAGGGUGGGAGUCUUAUUACAAAAACGAGGGAGAUGAAGAAGAAGAAGAACAACAUGAGGGCCCUGAAGCAGGUGGAGAAUAUAAAUAUUCAGGAAGAGAUAGUUUGAUUUUCUUGGUUGACGCCUCCAGGGCCAUGUUUGAAUCUCAAAAUGAAGGUGAUGAAAAUGAAUUGACUCCUUUUGAAAUGAGCAUUGAGUGCAUCCUGAGUGUGUACACCAACAAGAUCAUAAGCAGUGAUCGGGAUCUCUUGGCAGUGGUGUUCUAUGGUACCAAGAAAGACAAAAAUUCAGUGAAUUUCAAAAAUAUUUAUGUCUUACAGGAGUUGGACAAUCCAGGUGCCAAACGAGUGCUAGAGCUUGACCGGUUUAAGGGACAGCUGGGAAAGAAACAUUUCCAAGACCUAAUUGGCUGUGGAUCUGACUAUUCACUAAGCGAAGCACUGUGGGUCUGUGCCAACCUCUUUAGUGAUGUCCAGUUCAAGAUGAGUCACAAGAGGAUCAUGCUGUUCACCAAUGAAGACGACCCCCAUGGCAAUGACAGUGCCAAAGCUAGUCGGGCCAGGACCAAAGCUGCUGAUCUCCGUGACACAGGUAUCUUCCUUGACUUGAUGCACCUGAAGAAGCCUGGGGGCUUUGAUAUAUCCUUAUUCUACAGAGAUAUCAUCAGCGUAGCAGAGGAUGAGGACAUAGGGGUUCAUUUUGAGGAAUCGAGCAAACUGGAAGACCUGUUGAGGAAGGUUCGAGCCAAGGAGAGCAAGAAGCGCGCGCUUGGCAGGUUGAAGUUUAAGCUCAGCAAAGACGUAGCUCUCACUGUCGGCAUUUAUAAUUUGGUCCAGAAGGCUUUCAGGCCUCCCCCUGUGAGGCUUUAUCGGGAAACAAAUGAGCCUGUGAAAACCAAGACCCGGACAUUUAAUGUAAACGACGGCAGUUUGCUGCUGCCCAGUGACACCAAGAGGUCUCAGAGCUAUGGGAGUCGUCAGAUUGUGCUAGAGAAAGAAGAAACAGUACAGCUAAAACGGUUUGAUGAGCCAGGUUUGAUUCUCGUCGGUUUCAAGCCCUUGAUCAUGCUGAAGAAGCACCACUACCUGAGGCCCCCCCUGUUUGUGUACCCUGAGGAGUCCGUGGUGAACGGGAGCACAGCCCUGUUCAGUGCUCUACUCACCAAAUGUCUGGAGAAGGAGGUGAUGGCAGUGUGCAGAUACACACCCCGCCACAACAGCCCCCCUUAUUUUGUGACAUUGGUGCCACAGGAAGAGGAGCUGGAUGACCAGAAAGUUCAGGUGACUCCCCCAGGCUUUCAGCUCAUCUUCCUACCCUAUGCCGAUGAUAAACGGAAGGUGCCCUUUACUGAAAAAGUCUUGGCAAACCCAGAGCAGGUGGACAAGAUGAAGGCUAUUGUUCAGAAGCUCCGCUUCAGUUACAGGAGUGAUAGCUUUGAGAACCCAGUGCUGCAGCAACACUUCAGGAACCUGGAGGCCUUAGCUUUGGAUUUGAUGGAGCCCGAACAAGCAGUAGAUCUGACGUUGCCCAAGGUUGAAGCAAUGGAUAAAAGACUGGGCUCCCUGGUGGAUGAGUUUAAGGAGCUGGUCUACCCACCAGAUUACAAUCCCCAGGGAAAAACUACCAAGCGAAAACAAGAUGAUGAAGAUUCUAGAAACAAAAGGCCCAAGGUGGAGGUAUCUGAAGAGGAGCUGAAGGCCCACGUCAACAAGGGCACAUUGGGUAAGCUCACUGUGCCCAUGCUGAAGGAAGCCUGCAGGGUGUAUGGGCUGAAGGGUGGGAUGAAGAAGCAGGAGCUGUUGGACGCACUCACCAGGCACUUCCAGGAGGGCUGACCAGGCCGCACCCCCAGCCACCCUUCCACACUGUACCUGGGCAUCCUGGGUUGUUCUCAUUAGUGGAAAAGUGUUUCUCCUGAACCAGGAAGAGUGUGCCUGACAGAAGCCCAGGGGCUUUGUUAUGGGACUUUCUGUUGCUAUGGAGACAGUGUAGCCCUUCACUUUGCUGUGCCUUACUCUCCUGUCUGAAUAAAGAGCCCUUACUUUGUACUACAUGCGGUU